CCGGGAGGAUCAGGUAAGAAAACAAGGAUGUACGGAAAUGGCCGCGUUAACGUUAACGCCCUUCUUCUGCUUUGGAUUACUUUGUGUCCUUGUGUUUGUGUCCGCAGAUCAGAAAAUCAUCACAGCUGAAUCUGGACAGAACGUCACUCUGACAUGUCGUGCUCUAAAUUACAACAUCAUAGUUGUAGAGUGGAGCAGAGCUGCAGUAGAUAAAGAAUAUGUCUUUUUGUAUCGUGAUGGGCAGUUCGUUUCUGAACAGCAGCAUCCAUCCUUCAAGAACCGGGUGGAUCUGCAGGACAGACAGAUGAAGGAUGGAGACGUGUCUGUGAUCCUGAAGGAUGUGACGAUUAAUGAUGAGGGAACAUACGAGUGUCGCGUCAUCCAGAGAGGGAGCAGGAGUUUGAACCUCAUCAGCACCAUCACCCUGAGAGUUGUUGCUCCUCCAGUGUUUGAAACCAUCACAGCUGAGUCUGGACAGAACAUCAUUCUGCCAUGUCGAGCUCCAAACAACAACCAGAUCAGAGCUGUAGUGUGGGCCAAACCUGAUCUAGAAGAUGAACAUGUGUAUUUGUACCGGGACGGACGGUUCGAUCCAGGAAAGCAGAAUCCAGUUUAUAGGAACCGAGUGGAUCUGCAGGACAGACAGAUGAAGGAUGGAGACGUGUCUCUGAUUAUGAAGGAUGUGACAGUUAAUGACUCUGGGACAUACGAGUGUCGCGUCAUCCAGAGAGGAGCGAGCCGUAGUAACAAGGCGCCCAGCAUCAUCUACCUGAGUGUUGUUGCUCCU